CCGCUGUUUUCGCGACUGCCUUUUCUGCUAUUCCGCUAUUGUCGCUACCCUUUCUAUCUUUCUAUACCGCGUUCCACUGAAAUUUCAACGUCUUAUAAAUAUACUUCAACAGAUACACGCCUACACAUACGCGUACGGGCUACGAGUACAACUAUUAUUUUCGACAAGACCAAAUCUCAGUAAAUCGAAAUCAAGCAGCAAACAAACAAGAUGUCGGAACUGGAAUCUAUCUGUCACAAAUGCAAUGAGGUCAUCGCGGAGCGCAUCAUCACGGCCCUGGGCAAGUCCUGGCAUCCGGAUCACUUUGCCUGCAAGGACUGCCAGCGCCCCAUCACGGAGGCCACCUUCAACAUUCAGAGCGGGGAGCCCGUCUGCUCCGAUUGCUUCGUGAAGAACUACUCGGGCACCUGCUUUGGCUGCAAGCAGCCCAUCUUGGAGCGCACCAUCAACGCCAUGGAGAAGUCGUGGCACGAGGAGUGCUUCCAGUGCAAUGGCCCUUGCAAAAAGCCGCUGGUUGGCACUUCCUUCUACGAGCGGGAAGGGCAUCCCUACUGCCGGGCGGACUUUGAGCAGCUGUUCGCCGCCCGAUGCGCCGGCUGUGAACAGCCGAUCACGGACAACGCGAUCGUGGCCCUCAGUGCCAAAUGGCAUCGCAGUUGCUUCAAGUGCAAGAACUGCAGCGCUCCCAUCACGGCCAGCUCCUUCGCCGUGGAGGGGAACAAGCCCCUGUGCAGUGCCUGUUCUGGCUAGGAGCGGCACCUGCCCCGGCACCAGCACCUGCACCAGCACCCACACCGGUUCACCCGAUUCACUUCGAUAUCUAUUGUAUAUUAUCUAUUAUUAUGGUAUUUGUAGUCAUGCAAUUCGUUGAACAAGCCCGAGGAAAGAGCGAAAACUCAGAGCAGACACUAUUUUAGUGUAGAAACAAUUUUUGGAUUUUUAAAUUUGGAUUUGGAUUUGGAUUAGACAAGAACACGAUAAAUGCAUUUGAAACACCUGUCA